AUGUCGAAGUCUCGCCGGAGCGUUCGGUUUCAACAUCGGCCAUCCGAUGGUCGCCGGCCGAGUGUAUCAGAUGUCAGUGAUGCCGCUUCUGACCCAGGAAGCCCGUCACGGAAUGGACCCGUCGCUCAGCCCGCAACAAUACCGGAGGAGAAACCUGACGCCGAAUACCAAAAGAAAAGACAGACCUUUAUUACGCGCACGAUAUGGACAUUUGUCAUGAUUGCUGGCUUUUUUAUUGCCAUGUUUUCCGGCCACAUAUACAUCAUCGGUAUUGUGACUGCUGUUCAGAUUGUCUCGUUCAAGGAAGUCAUCGCUAUUGCCAACGUGCCGAGCAAAGAGAAGAACAUCCGUUUCACCAAGUCAUUGAACUGGUAUUUCUUGGGAACCAGCAUGUACUUUCUUUAUGGUGAAAGUGUCAUCUACUACUUUAAGCACAUUCUCCUGGUCGACCGAGUGCUGUUACCCCUAGCUACCCACCAUCGUUUUAUCAGCUUUACACUCUGGAUCAUGGGCUUUGUUUUCUUUGUUGCUUCUCUGCAAAAGGGCCACUACCGGUUCCAGUUCACCCAAUUCGCAUGGACUCAUAUGGCAUUGUACUUGAUUGUCGUUCAGGCGCAUUUUGUUAUGAACAACAUCCUAGAGGGCAUGAUCUGGUUCUUCCUCCCCGCAUCUCUGGUCAUCACAAAUGAUAUCUUCGCGUAUGUCUGCGGUAUCACUUUUGGUCGAACACAGUUGAUUCAGCUCUCACCGAAGAAGACUGUUGAGGGAUUCGUGGGCGCUUGGUUCUGCACCAUCGGUUUUGGCUAUUUUAUGACCAAUAUUUUGAUGCGCUACAAGUACUUCAUCUGCCCGGUUAACGAUCUUGGGUCGAAUGUCCUGACCGGGUUGGAGUGUGAGCCCAACCCAGUCUUCGUCCCUCAGCCCUUUGAAAUUCCCGACUGGACCGGAUUUGGUAGGACAUUCUACCUUGCCCCGAUGCAACUCCAUAUCCUCCUUUUUGCCACUUUUGCCUCCUUGGUUGCUCCUUUCGGUGGAUUCUUCGCUUCAGGUCUUAAACGGUCUUUCAAGAUCAAGGACUUUGGCGAGUCUAUUCCAGGCCACGGCGGCAUCACGGAUCGGAUGGACUGCCAGUUCAUUAUGGGAUUCUUCGCGUACAUGUAUUUCCACAGCUUCAUUGCCGUUUACAAGGCGAGUGUAGGAGAUAUUAUCGAAACCGCCAUCACUGGACUGACCAUUGACGAACAAAUGGAAGUCGUCCGUGGACUCAGCAAAUACCUAUACAACCAGGGGACACUCUCUGAGUCGGUACGUACUCUAAUCUAA